AGUAUAUUAUGAAUUUAUGAUGCAGAAGAGUAAGAAGGAGGUGGCUCACCUCCAAUUUCCAAUUUUUGUGUUAAUUGCAUUCAGAGUUCACUCUUAAAAGGCAAUGGUGCUUUGCCUCUGCCUUAGGCUUUAGCCUCCUCUCCUCUCUUACUGUGUUUCACUUUACUUGUCCGAUACCAAUUUCUUCUUUCAAAUGGCUUCCAAUUUGCAACACGAUUCCACUUCUUCCAAUGAGAAAUCGGCUUUGACAACGGACACCAAAGGUCUGAAAUCAGAAACAUCCACCAUUGACAGCAAAGCUUCGAAACCAGAAGCUUCCCAACCAGCUCAGGCUGGAGCCUCCCCUUCCAAUAUGGGACCUGGGUUUGUCCCCCCCAAUCCGUUUGAUUUCUCAGCCAUGAGUGGCCUUCUUGAGGAUCCAAGCAUUAAGACACUAGCUGAGCAGAUAGCAAAAGAUCCUUCAUUUAACCAAAUGGCAGAGCAGCUCACUAUGAUGUUUCAAGGGGCAUCAGCCGAAGAGAGUUUGCCUGAGUUUGAACCACAGCAGUACUAUUCGACCAUGCAACAGGUUAUGCAGAAUCCCCAGUUUAUGACCAUGGCUGAACACCUUGGUAAUGCAUUAAUGCAGGAUCCUGCUACGUCUAGCAUGCUUGAAAGUUUGUCCAAUCCUCAACAAAAAGACCAGAUUGAGGAAAGAAUGGCACGUAUCAAAGAGGAUCCAUCAUUGAAACAUAUUCUAGAAGAAAUAGAGACAGGUGGUCCCGCAGCCAUGAUGAGGUACUGGAAUGAUAAAGAAGUUCUCCAGAAGUUGGGUGAAGCAAUGGGUCUUGCAGAUUCAGGAGAUGCAGCCAUUUCUGUUGGUAACGCUGCAGCCGAUGAAGAUGAUGUAGGGAAUGAGGAUGAGUCAAUUGUACAUCAUUGUGCUAGUGUUGGUGAUGUUGAGGGUCUGAAAACUGCACUAGCCUCUGGUGCUGACAAGGAUGAAGAAGAUGCAGAGGGGAGGACGGCAUUACAUUUUGCAUGUGGUUAUGGCGAGAUGAAAUGUGCACAAAUCCAAGUUGAAGCUGGAGCAAGAGUGGAUGCUUUGGACAAGAAUAAGAAUACUGCACUUCAUUAUGCAGCUGGUUAUGGAAGGAAAGACUGUGUGGCCCUUCUACUGGAGAACGGGGCUGCUGUCACACUCCAAAACAUGGAUGGCAAGACCCCCAUUGAAGUAGCCAAGCUGAACAAUCAGCAUGAGGUAGUAAAGUUGUUGGAGGAAGAUGCGUUUUUGUGAGUUGGGAGGGGGCAUUGCGCCCAUGAAUUAAAUUGUACCUCGAGGAAAAGGGAAUGGGAUGAAGGUAAAGUGGUGAACUCAAAACAAUAAAUAAAUAAAAUAUACUGAAUACAGUUAUAUGAACGAAAGAUCUGUAGAUGAAGACUGGUAGACAACAACAAUGUUUAUUGUGUUUUGUUAAUCACAGUUUCAUCACUUAAAUUCUAGAA